UACUAGUCCUUGUCUAUUUCUGGUAGCGCCGCAGCACCCAACUCGGCGGACGCGGGGGGCGUGGUCCACAUGAACCGGAACCAAUGGGGAGGGAGGCCGAGGCCAGAGCACCGCCCCCAACGUGACGCAAGACCCCCGGACACAGGCGUCUCAGCCCAGGCCCCAGUCCCUGCAGUGGCUGUAACAAAACCCAGACCCCCAGGUCCGGGCCAAUGGAGGCGAUUUAGACUGGAGCGGGACCGCGUCUGUCAAAAGGCCGACUCGGCAGCAGCGGCGGAGUCCAGAAGGAGAGCUGGAGCCGCCGCGCUGCCUCCCCGCCCCCGCCGGGAUUUAUUGAGUAUUUGGACUGGACAAUUAAGUGGCCCUGAUGAUGUUACCAAGCCCGGUCACCUCCACCCCUUUCUCAGUCAAAGACAUUUUGAAUCUGGAGCAGCAGCAGCAGCAACAGCACUUCCACGGCGCGCACUUGCAGGCGGACUUGGAGCACCACUUCCACUCGGCGCCCUGCAUGCUGGCCGCCGCCGAAGGGACGCAAUUUUCGGACGGAGGGGAGGAGGACGAGGAAGAAGAGAGCGAGAAACUGUCCUAUUUGAACUCACUAGCCACAGCCGAUGGCCACGGGGAUUCGGGGCUCUGUCCCCAGAGCUAUGUCCACACGGUUCUGCGAGACUCGUGCAGCGGGCCUAAGGAACCCGAAGAGGAGCCCGAGGUCGUGAGGGACCGGAGCCAAAAAACCUGCCAGCUGAAGAAGCCUCUGGAGGCGGCCGGAGACUGUAAGACGGCGGAGGAGAGCGAGAGGCCGAAGCCACGCAGCCGCCGGAAGCCCCGGGUCCUCUUCUCACAAGCCCAGGUCUUCGAGCUGGAGCGCAGGUUCAAGCAGCAGCGGUACCUGUCGGCGCCCGAGCGCGAGCACCUCGCCAGCAGCCUGAAGCUCACGUCCACACAGGUGAAGAUCUGGUUCCAGAAUCGCAGGUACAAGUGCAAGAGACAACGGCAGGACAAGUCUCUGGAGCUGGGCGCGCACGCGCCCCCGCCACCCCCGCGCCGCGUGGCGGUGCCGGUGCUGGUGCGGGACGGCAAGCCGUGCGUCACGCCCGGCGCGCAGCCCUACGGCGCGCCCUACAGCGUGGGCGCGGGCGCCUACUCCUACAACAGCUUCCCCGCCUACGGCUAUGGGAACUCGGCUGCCGCCGCCGCCGCCGCCGCCGCUGCCGCCGCCGCCGCCGCGGCCUAUAGCGGCAGCUACGGCUGUGCGUACCCGGCAGGCGGCGGCGGCGGCGGGGGCGGCGGGGGUGGCGGCGCCUCCGCGGCGGCCUCGGCCCUGCAGCCCGCCUGCGGCGCGGCCGGAGGCAGCCCCUUUGUGAACAUGAGCAACCUGGGCGGCUUCGGCAGCGGUGGCGGCGCGCAGCCGUUGCACCAAGGGGCCGCGGCUGGGGCCGCGUGCGCGCAAGGCACCUUGCAGGGCAUCCGGGCCUGGUAGGAACCGGGCGAGUCACGCGGCGGCCACCCCGCCGCAUCCUGGCGCCGCGGGACUGAAGCGCGAGAAAGGCUGGAUCCAAGGGCCUGGUCCCCUCGUUAAAAAAAAUAUAUACACGUCUCGCUCUCCAGGGCCCCGGAGCGCAGCUCCCACGAGGCCUGGGGAAUGGGGCUCAGGGGCGAGGAGGAUGCCCGGGACCGGUCUCCGAGACUGUCUCUGAGGCAGAAAUGCCGGCUGGGUGCCGGGGAGGACGAUGGCCCCGACCCUGGCCUCGGAGGGAGUGCGAGAGGGGAGGACUCUGGCUGCCGCUCGGUACUCCCAGAGCGAGAAGGGCUUCUCUCCCUCUGCGGCGGUCCCGCAGUCUCCGCGAAGCAUUGACGAAGAACCCAAAGACGAAAAAAAGCAUGAAGGAGAGAAAAAUGGGCGUCGUGGCUUGAGAAAUCCCCAGGCCCUACCGACCCUUUGCCUGCUUUGCGGGCCCGGAGCGCCACUCCACAGGCGAUUUUCCUUUUCCCAACCGCCUGCCCUCCGCGGCGGAUACCUCGGCCUGGAUCUCAGGAUUGUCAGAGGGAGUAGAACUCUUCGAGAAAAGCCAGCGGAGAGAGAGCAAAAGUUGGAGAAUGAACAAAUCCGAGACCCGGUGGCCCACCGGAGGUGUUACCCGGUUUCCUUUCUGUUUCGUAGUCUGUAUUCAGCACAUAUAAUAUAUAUAUAUAUAUAUAACUAUAUCCUCACGCCGUGUACACACCCGCUGCCAUACACUACAGGAGUCAAUAAAC